UGGUGAUGACUCAGAAAGUUAGACAGACAGUCAGACAGUCAGUCAGACCGGUCGGUGUCUCGGUCCCUCUCCGGUUGUUUCCCCGGACAUCAGGCGGUGUCUUCCCCGCGGACCGAGCGCUGCCCUCUGGCAGCUGAAGCGGACUGCUGCCGGCUCUGAGGCCGGUCAUGCGGCUGCAGGAUGGGGGAGAACGUCCGAGUGUCUCCGCUCAAGAACUUCGUGGCCGGAGGCUUCGGAGGCGCGUGUCUGCUGCUGGCAGGACACCCGCUGGACACCAUCAAGGUGAGACUGCAGACGCAACCCAAAGCUGCUCAGUAUGCUCUGUACACGGGGACGUACGACUGCUUCAGAAAGACCGUUUCUAAGGAGGGCAUCCUGGGUCUCUAUAAGGGGAUGGGCGCUCCUCUGGCCGGCGUCGCUCCCAUGAUGGCCAUCAGCUUCUUCGGCUUCGGUUUGGGGAAACAGCUGCAGCAGACGGAUCCUGGAAAACCGCUGACACACACUCAGAUCUUCCUGUCGGGAUGUCUGGCUGGAGUCUUCACCACCGUCAUCGUGGCUCCAGGAGAAAGAAUCAAAUGUUUGCUGCAGGUCCAGUCCAGCGGCGGAGGCUCCAGGUAUUCUGGUCCUGUGGACUGUGCGGUCCGACUGUAUAAAGAACAAGGAAUCCGCAGCGUGUACAAAGGAACAGUGCUGACCCUCAUCAGAGGAAACCAAUUUGCCAUAAAUCUGUAUGAAGCACGUUCUGCUUCCUGUGUGUGUUCAGCUGCAGACGGAAAGUACCGCGGUUUGGUCGACGUCCUCAGAACGCUGCUGAGGGAAGAAGGACCUAAAGCUCUGUACAAAGGCUUCAACGCCGUGUUCCUCCGAGCGUUUCCUGCCAACGCGGCCUGUUUUUUAGGCUUCGAGGUGGCGCUGAAGGGCCUGAACGUGAUCGCCCCCAGCUGGUGAAGCCCCACGCUGGACGAGCAGCUCUUAAGUGUACUUUAAUGAUGAACUCUUGGUAAUCCAGAUGUUGUUGUACUCACGGCGGUACAAAGGAAACGCACAUUUAUGAAUGUAUGAUUUUAAACAUAUUUAUUCUAUAUUCUGCAGCAGAAAGAAGAAUUUUUUUCUCACUUUUUAAGCUUUUUUUUGUGAUAAAAUGUCAGAAAAAUCAGGAACUUCCUUUAUUAGAACAUGUGUUUAAAUCGACCAGCUCUGCCCGUAAACGCAGGGUUAAUUUAUUCAGGGGUGGACAGUCGUGUUCGGUUUUAUAAACUCUGUGAAUAAAGUGUUUAAAUAAAGUAUUUAAAUAAAACAUUGAAUAAAGUGUU